AUGUCGGAAUGCAAAAUCAAGUUUAGGAGAGGAUCCAGUACAAUCGAUGACAUCACCACCACAAUACUCAUUGAAGUACCGCGAGAAGACAAAACGCCAUUGGGUUUACUCAUCGACUUGAAGAAAAUUAUAGAUGCCGUCGAAGCAGAAGCGGUAAUCGAAGUCCCGGGCAACCAGGGUGUUCUUAUUCCAUAUAUAAGGACACUUAAGCGUGAUAUUGAGUGGGAAGGUAAGGGUGUGAAGCUCAAACGACGGCCGCCACUGACAUCAUCUCAGCUUUACAGGCAAUAUUGUGCUUAUAACAGCGAACAUCGAGGAGGCGAGACAAAUGCUGGUCGAAUUAGACACGCUUAUGGAAAGUUCGUUCUACAACUGAACCUAACGAAGACGAUUCAUGAAAAACGGAUUGGUACCUGA